AUGGCUGACAUGUUCCACAGUGAUCAGGAGUAUGCCUUGCACAGAUUGUCCAAGCUGACAUUGGAUCAUGUCUUGUUGAGCAGUUUCUCAAAGAUGAAAGUGAGAUUGGCAGUACAAGUCUUGAGCCAGACGGUUUCAACAUGCUUGAUUGAAAGUGGUGAUCCUAGUGUUGUUGGAAUGGCAAUGUUCUGCCAGAUGGUCAAUGAUUUUUUCGAUUGUUCCAACGUAAGAUCUACAACAGAGCAUCAAAGGAAAAGGAAUGAUCGAAUGAGACCUUAUGAGAGUGUGGAUGAUAAGCGACUUGUUUGGAUGAAGGGUACCUUACUAAAGUACCUGGAAGAGUGGAAGUAA